AUGGCUGAUCUCAACGUCGACGUUCUUGUGAUCGGUGCUGGCCCGACCGGUCUCGGCGCCGCCAAGCGCCUCAACCACAUCAACGGCCCUUCAUGGCUGAUUGUUGACGCCAACGAGAAGGCCGGCGGCCUGGCUUCGACCGACGUCACCCCUGAGGGCUUCCUGUACGACGUCGGUGGUCACGUCAUCUUCUCCCACUACAAGUACUUUGACGACUGCCUCGAUGAGGCCCUCCCCAAGAAGGACGACUGGUACACCCACCAGCGCAUCUCCUACGUGCGCUACCGCGACCUCUGGGUCCCCUACCCCUUCCAGAACAACAUCUCCGUUCUGCCCAAGGAGGACCAGGUCAAGUGCGUCGACGGCCUCAUUGAAUCCGCUCUCGAGUGCCGCGUGGCCAACACCAAACCCGCCAACUUCGACGAGUGGAUCGUGCGCAUGACAGGCACUGGCGUCGCCGACCUCUUUAUGCGUCCCUACAACUACAAGGUGUGGGCUGUCCCCACCACCAAGAUGCAGUGCCAGUGGCUCGGCGAGCGCGUCGCCGCCCCCGACGUCAAGAACACCAUCCGCAACGUCAUCCUGAACAAGGUCGCCGGUAACUGGGGCCCCAACGCCACCUUCCGCUUCCCCGCUCGUGACGGCACUGGUGGCAUCUGGAUCGCCGUGGCCGACACCCUGCCCAAGGAGAAGAAGGUCUUUGGCAAGAAGGGCGAGGUCGCCAAGGUGAACGCUGACAAGAAGAUUGUCACCAUGGCCGACGGCACCACCAUUGGCUACGGCAAGCUGGUCAACACCAUGGCUGUGGACAAGCUUGUUGAGAAGAUGGAGGACAAGGCGUUGAUUGACCUGUCCAAGGGCCUCUUCUACUCGUCGACCCACGUCAUCGGUGUCGGUCUGCGUGGUGAGCGCCCCGAGCGCAUUGGUGACAAGUGCUGGCUCUACUUCCCCGAGGACAACUGCCCCUUUUACCGCGCCACCAUCUUCUCCAACUACUCGCCCUACAACCAGCCGCAAGCUGAUGUCAAGCUGCCGACGCUCUACCACGCCGACGGCAGCAAGCCCGCGUCGAGCGAGCCCGAGGCCGGCCCAUAUUGGUCCGUCAUGCUGGAGGUGUCGCAGUCGUCGCUCAAGCCCGUCGAUGAGGAGAACCUGCUCAAGGACUGCAUUCAGGGCCUUAUCAACACCGACAUGAUCAAGUCCACUGACGCGAUCGUGUCGACCUACCACCGCAAGUUCGUCCAGGGCUACCCGACGCCCACCCUGGAGCGCGAGGGCGUUCUCAAGGAGCUGCUGCCCAAGCUGCAGGACAAGGACAUCCUGUCUCGUGGCCGCUUUGGCAGCUGGCGGUACGAGGUCGGCAACCAGGACCACUCGUUCAUGCUCGGUGUGGAGGCGGUUGACCACAUUGUCAACGGCGCUGUCGAGCUGACGCUCAACUACCCCGACUUUGUCAACUCGCGCCAGAACACCGAGCGUCGCCUGGACCAGACAUUCGCCUUUGGUACCCAGGCCCCGAAUGCGUCCCUCCCCUCGCGUGAACGUUAA